UUGCGUCAAUAGCCUAAAUUAUGAAUUUCAGAAAUAAUACAAAAUAAGGAGAUUCACUGGGAUUGAAUAUUGAUCAAAACCAAUUCCGUAUACAUGGGAAUUAUCAUGUUUUACCCCGAAACAUUUUAUUCGUGCCUUUCCCAAUUUAGAAGCCUGUAAUUGAGUGGUUGUUGUUUGUUACUGCUGAUCGUGUGCGUUGUUUGUUUAUUGUUUUAUACAGUUCUUGUAUUGGUCUGCUGCACCACUGUCCCAUGAUUAGGUGGAGGGUUAUGUACCCACUUACACGUUAAACACCCGCCACAUUCUCUGUGGCUGUUCCAAGUCAGGAGCUAGGUAGUGAACAAUCAACUCUUUGCGCGGUCAGAUAGGUCAGAUAUAGUAAUUAAAUAUAGGAAGAUGUGGUGUAAUGCAUGUCAAGUAGAGACAAAUAAAAUGCACCUAUGGAAUUUUUUUUUGCACUUCAUUUUACGUAUCAUUAGCUUGAUCAUUAUUUUAAAGAUCAAUUUACACCUUACAGGAAAAUAUUAUGGAUAAAGUUAAAUCAUUAGAGUAUUUCCCUAAAAUUUACCUGGAUAAUAAUUAAGACUAUGGAAUCUGAUAAAUCAACAAGUUAUCUGUUGAAACCCUACUUAGCAUAGCACGCACUUAUUUUAAGUGCAUUGUCAAUUCAUAAAAAGCAUAUACAAGUAUUCGAAAGAGCUUUGAAUUGAUCUCUCGAUUACAUAAUAAUUUGUUUGAAAUAGCAAAGGGGAGUAAUUAGUAGGAAUAGUGUGAUAACAUUUUUAUUUUUAUUUUUCACUGACCCAAGAGAUGUCGUAUUCGUAAUUGUCUGAUGAUUGCAUCACAUAUUAAACGAUUCCCUUGAUGUCAUUAAACAUUUAAUGUCAAUAUCAAAAGCGUCCAUUAAUGUAUAAAAAUAUCACUUAAUAUGGUCGUUUAAUCGUCUAAAUCUUGUGCAAAUGGCAAAGAGGAAAACACACUAUUCAUUGUGUGGUCGACUAUGGGAACAUUACCAUUUGAUAUACUCGAAAUAAAACGAGACAAAGUAUAUUUUCAGUUGAUACCGAUAUAAAGAAAAAAUACUGAAAUACUGAAUACUACAAAUUAUUAUCUUUACACUGUCAAUAACGUGCAAAAUGACAAAAGGGUUUCGUUCGAAAGCGAAAAAUGUUAUAGGACAAUUUUACAACGGUUUAAAAUCUUUCACUGGUUUAAUUAUUUUACUUAUGGUAUACAGUUUUACUGGAGCUGUUAUAUUCGUCCACGUAGAGACACCGUAUCAAGACGAACUUUUAUUAGCAAAAGAACCUAAGCACAAGAAUAUGGUUCAGCUGUUAUUGAACUUAACUGUGUCCUUGAACAGUUCGGAGUUUGAAAAUUUAAGAGAUGAAAUUGUUACUCUGAUGAAUAAAUUUGAUGCUGAUAACUUUGAAAAAAAUCAUGGAAAAAGAUGGGAUUUCUGGAAAGCAUUGUUUUUCUGUGGAACUAUUUAUACAGCAAUAGGCUAUGGUGAUAUUUACCCUAGGACUGAUACUGGAAAAGUAAUUGCAAUAUUUUAUGCAAUUUUUGGAAUUCCACUAGCUUUCAGAGUCUUAGCAGAAAUUGGUAAAAAAUUAACAACAGUCAUUAAGUUCUUCUAUUUUGGAGUAAAACGAUUUUAUGCUAAGAAUGUGCAAACUGCUGAUGGGGAAACCUUUAAGAAGGAACGUAAUGGUGUUGCCCUUUCCACCGAACAUACAGAAAAGGAAAACAAUGAUAUAGAAAUUGUUUGGGAAGAUAAGGAUGAAACAUUAAUAAAGGAAAUAGAAAAUAGGCUUCCUUUAGCUGUACCAGUUAUCAUUUUAUUCAUUUACCUUUUUCUCGGAGCAUUGAUGUACACACGUUGGGAAGAUUGGAGCUAUUUAGAUGCCUUUUAUUUUACUUUUAUAUCCGUGAGUACGAUUGGCUUUGGCGACAUAACACCAGCCCAUACGAAAUAUUUUAUAGUGACAUCUAUCUAUGUUUUUGUUGGUUUAGCAUUGGUAUCCGUAUGUAUUAACGUCUUCAUGGAGUUUUACAUUGUUUCCAUAAAAGUAGCUGCACAUCAAAUGAACAGAGUCGGUUCCAAGAUCAUAAAAGGAUGCCAUGGUUGUAGGAGACGACAAAGUUUGUAAUUGUAACUGACAAAAAGUAAUUAUAGAAAUAGAUACAUAUUUUGUGCGCACAUUAUAUUAUAAGUUGUGUGCACAAUUAUAUAUUAAUUUGUGCGCACAACAUUUUUUUCUUUGCAUGUCCCUAUACCUGGGCUCUGUUAUUACGUACGUCAGUACAUGUAAAUACUUAUAAUACAAGCCUUGUAGAAAAGUCAGAGAAGAAUCUGAAUACAACAAUACUCUAAAUAUAUAUAUAUUGCCAAUAUAUGUAUAUAUAAUUAGAAGCUGACCUUUUGUAUGUAAAUGAAACACUCUUUGUGUCAUCUAAUUGUACAUAAAAUGACAAAUUAUGUAAAUUCAGUCUCCGAUUUCAUUUUCUCUUUGUAAUACAAGUUGAUGAACAUGAUUAAAUCUGUUUACGAGUUGUUUGCAUAUAAUUUAUGUAACAUUGAAGAAAUUCAGAGUAUGGAUGUACUUAGACUAAAGACAUUUGAACAAACGCUUUUUGCUCAUUCAUUUUAAAAUUAAAGUAGUGCAGAGUAUCUAUGCUGUUCUUAGACUAAAGACCUCCAAACGGUUUGUUUCCCUUCUAUCAAUACUGCUGUUAAGAAUUUUUACCACAUUCUCUUUUAUCUCAGCUUUUAUCGAACAGUUAUUGAAAUUGCUUUUGCGUAAUGCUUUAUUAAAAAUGUAUGCAUUGUACAUCGUUCAUAAAUAAAGACAUAAUUAAACCAAACAAAUGUCCUCUUUAAUUUAAUUUGAAUCGACGAAUAACAGUGUGCUGCA